AUGGUUGUCUACUACCAGAUCGCUGGCAAGAAGGUCGGCUCCCACGUCCUUGCCAUGGCCACCCUCGGCAGCAUCUUCGCCGGUUCCUGGGCUGCUAUGAGCGGUGGCGAGAAGCCCAAGACCGCUCAGGGCCCCCCAAUCAAUGCUUCCUCCAAGGAUGAGGAGAACUUCAUCCAGAACUUCAUGAAGGAGGUUGAUGGCGGCGAGAAGAAGCCCAACCAACACUAG